AUGGGUGUAGUGGAAGAAGCUCACAACGUGAAGGUGAUUGGCUCAGGAAAUCAAGGUACGAUCGUAUUGGGUCACGGGUUCGGCACGGACCAGUCACUGUGGAAGCAUCUGGUCCCGCAUCUGGUCGAUGAUUAUCGCGUCGUGCUCUACGACAACAUGGGAGCCGGUACGACCAACCCGGACUACUUCGACUUCGAUCGUUACUCGACUCUCGAAGGUUUCUCUUUCGAUUUGAUUGCAAUCUUGGAAGAUCUUCAAAUUGAGUCAUGUAUCUUUGUUGGUCACUCUGUUUCCGGCAUGGUCGGUGUCUUGGCUUCUCUUAAUCGACCUGAUCUCUUCUCCAAAAUCGUCAUGGUUUCUGCUUCCCCAAGAUAUGUGAACGAUGUUGAUUACCAAGGUGGGUUCGAGCAAGACGACCUAAACCAGCUCUUCGAAGCGAUGCGAAGCAAUUACAAAGCGUGGUGCUUAGGUUUCGCUCCACUCGCGGUAGGUGGCGACUUAGACUCGGUCGCCGUUCAAGAAUUCAGCAGAACUCUCUUCAACAUGCGUCCGGACAUAGCGCUCACCGUGGCUCAGACCAUAUUCCAAAGUGACAUGAGACAAAUCUUACCUUUUGUUGCUGUGCCUUGUCACAUCCUCCAAAGCGUUAGAGAUUUAGCCGUACCCGUCGCCGUCUCCGAGUAUCUCCACGCCAAUCUCGGUUCUGAAUCCGUCGUCGAGGUUAUUCCUUCCGAUGGUCAUCUCCCUCAGCUUAGCUCGCCGGAUACUGUUAUUCCCGUCCUCCUCCGUCACAUUCGCAAUGACAUCGCUGUCUGA